UCCAUAAGCCCAUAUUGGUCUAUCCGUCGCUUAACCCGACCCGGUCCAUCAUAUAGGAAACCACUUCGAAAUAACAACUAUAGCCUGCACUUCCUAUCUCUCGUCUUUCACUCAGCUUGUGUGUGAAAAACAGUAAUGGCGACGAUGAUGCAGUGGUGCGGCGCUGUAGCGAGGCGGGUGUUGGCGGCUCAGCCGGCAACAAGAGUUGGGGUGGCGCCAAUCCUGUGCGGGAGAGGGGAUAAGAGGACAAAGAGAGGGAAGAGAUUCAAGGGAUCGUACGGAAACUCGAGGCCCAAGAAGGACAAGAAGAUUGAACGCAUCAAGGACAAAGUUGAGGUCCCCAGUUGCAAGCCUAAAUCCUGUGUAAAUGGUCCACCAGAGCAUGAUCAUUAUGAUCAGAGUGGCAAAGAUUCCAACAAUAACUUCAGAAAUUGUUUGUCUCCCAUGCUGCCAAGCCAUCCAUACUAGUGAGAUUUGGCAGCUCUCCGGUGGUUCAUCUUCCUCACCUUGGUGUUGGCUGAUGCUGCCUCAUCAUCCAUAUUAGCCGGAUAUUCAAACCAAGGGAAUGAGGGUGAAUAUGGGUUGUUGAUGGAGGAGCAAUCGAAGUGUUUGUGGUUAUGGCGAUCAGAUGUAGUGUCUGAAAUAAGAUGUUAUGAUCAAAUGUGUAUUAAAUGUGCAGGGAAAAAGGCUAGAAGGUUUAUGGGGUGCCUAGACAAGCUCCAAGCCUAGGCAGGCUUACACUUGUCACUUGUGUAAUUGGGAAUGGGAUUGGUGGGGGACAUGUCUUCUAUUUAGUUUUUUUUUAUUGUGAUUGUGAUUUUUGACAAGGGAAGGUAUUGAUUGACGAUUUGAUUACGUUAAUGAUGAUGAGAUGGAUCAUUCUAACUUCA